GCGUGGCCCCGCCACUGAGUCAUUUCCGGCUUCUCUGCCGGGGGGGGGGGCGGUGCGCAUGCGCCCCGGGUGGCGCGGCGGAGCGGGGUGCGAGCGGGAUGCCGGGGGAGGCGGUGACGCUGCAGCUGGGGCACUACGCGGGCUGCGUGGGCGCCCACUGGUGGGGGCUGCAGGCCGCCGCGCUGCGCAGCCCCGCCGAGGCCGCCGAGCUCCGCGCCGCCGCUCUGCUCCGGGCCGGGCGGGAGGCGGGCGGGCAGGAGUCGCACACGCCGCGCUUGGUGGCGCUGGAACUGAAAGGCGGCGUGGGCGCGCUGAGGCCCGGCGGCGCGGGAACGGAGGCGCCGGUGGCCUGGGACGGGGAGGUGGCCGCCUACCUGGAGUGCGCCUCGGCCGGGGGUUCCGCGCCGCGGGACGCCGGCAGUCGGACGGACGACGCUUCCUCUGACAGAAAGGGCAGUUCCAGUGCUUCGAUUCAAGGCACAUCUCCUGCCCCUUCGCGACUCGCUGUUUCCCAGGAAGUUUACUCGGGUGGCAGCAUGCAGGUCUGGUCCGAUUACCUCAACGUGCACUUGCAUCCCAAGAGCAUCUACGUCAUCCGUCAGUACAUGCACGAUGGGGAGUGUGGUUGCCUAGAAGCCUUUGGACAAGGUGAAAGUCUCUUCCAGGAUCCUGGCUGCAUAGAGGAGUUGGAAGAUCGGUUGCACUUUUAUGUUGAAGAGUGUGAUUAUCUGCAGGGGUUUCAAGUCCUCUGUGACCUACACAAUGGAUUCUCUGGAGUUGGUGCCAAGGUGACAGAACUGCUUUAUGAUGAGUAUUCAGGAAAAGGAAUCCUGACCUGGGGCUUGACUCCAGUCAUGAGUAACAUGGGAGGUUCUCAGAAGAAUUUUUACAGACUGAUGAACACAGCCCUAGGAAUUGUCCAUCUCUCCAGUCACAGCUCGCUCUUUUGCCCCCUGUCACUCAGUGGGAGUCUAGGAAUCAAGCCACAACCUCCCGUUACAUUUCCAUAUAUAAACUAUGAUGCAUCACUUAACUACCACAGCAGCGCAAUUUUGGCAGCAGUGCUUGACACCCUUACAGCUCCUUACCGGCUCUGUUCCUCUCAGGGCUCUAUGAUGCACCUUGCUGAAACACUUAACUUCUCUGGGAGAAAGGUUGUGGCUGCGUGGGCUUCUGUUCCCUUUCCUGCCCUACAUGGCUACUCGCUCCCCGAUACUUUAUGUGCCUACCAGCAAGACAUGCCCUGGAAGCUUCUGUCUUCAUGUAGGGAGCAGAAGGUCAGCUGCUGUUUUGCUCAGUCUGUUGUGCUACGAGGAAUUUCCAAAGAAAGUCGCAUCAGCAGCUGUCCAGAAAAGCAGGCCACUUCUCCACUCCAUGCUUGUGAGAGCACUGAGCAGAUUCUGCAGCAUUAUUUACACACUGUGUUUCCUGGGGCAUUCAGCACAUCCCACGUGCUUGAGCAGCCAUGUAACACCCUACCUCCGUACCCCCAGUUUUUUUCUCCUCUUCUGACCAGACAAGGCUUCCUCCUGGACAAACCUCCCAGUUAUUCCUCAGCAGGUGUUGAAAGCAUCCCUGUACUAGCAGCCCUGCAGUCUUCACCAGUUCUGCACACGCUCCUCUACAGCUUAUACAAGGAUCUACAGAAAUUGAACAUGCAGCGAUGGCCCAGCUUCUUCUCUGCUGGAGUUGAACAGGAUGACUUCCAGGAGGCCUUACAGGAGCUAAGAACUCUCUCCCAGUGCUAUGAAAUGGGUUCUGAAGCAGAUGAAUCUGAAGAUGAGGCAGAUGCAGACUAACUCAUCUUUAUUACUAGAGAUAGCGGAAGCAAGAAUAUCUUUAAAAUCACUUUCAAAAUAAAGGGAACGGCUUUAAA